AUGUAUUGUUAUUAUUUGCAUACUUCCCCAGCUUCUAAUGAGAAUGAUGUUUGUCAUUCGGUAUCUGCCAAAUCCAAUUUCAUUUUUCCCUCCUUUUCUUCACUUGUUGGUUUUAUUGUUUUCUUUCUUUGGAAACGUCAGAUGCCAUUAUUUCAUAGGCUCUUUGUGAGCGGGGCGGACCUGCGGGGCUGCCACACGGCUUUUUCUAGCAACUUCACACAACGCAGGUAUUGGGCGAAGCCAAAGAAGCGUCCGAAAGUUGGUCAGGGGUUUCAUGAAAAGGCGCAAAAAUGGCGUGAUGAGUUUCUUCUUGACAGGCACCGCAUCCUUGCCGACAGUCUCCGGGCGUACGUGGAAUUUAGUGCCUCGAAGCGCACAGAACCUUGGGACACGCGUUUUAGACCUUUUGACCGUGUGGAGAAGGACGGCGUUUACGUACUCAUGCGGCACCUAAUGGAAGACAAGUUUCAAUUGUGCAACUACCACCACCGCCCCGUGAAGCGAUUGUUUUGCAACGUUGGGCUCUUGGGGCCGCAAGUAACAACAAAGGCGCGUUGGAAACCUUAUCGCUAUGCAACAAAUCCUGCGAAUACUUCAAAGGCGGAGAGGAUUUUUCAGAAGGACAAGACUCUCUAUACGCACGGCCACAAUGAUUAG